GUUAGGGUUUUCAAAGCCUUAUCGAACACUACAGAGAGAGAGAGAAUUUGGAAAGCCAUGGGACGGUACAGAAGCCGAAGCAGAAGCUAUAGCCCAGUGAGACGCAAGCGCUACGAUGACCCUCGCGAAAGGCCUCGCAGAGACCGUCGCUCCCCUGCUCCUUCUGGUCUUCUUGUCCGAAACAUCUCUCUUAACGCAAGGCCUGAAGAUCUGAGAGUUCCAUUCGAACGAUUUGGUCCAGUAAAGGAUGUGUAUCUUCCAAAGGAUUACUACAGUGGGGAACCUAGAGGCUUUGGAUUUGUGAAGUUUCGUUAUGCUGAAGAUGCUGCUGAGGCGAAGCAACAACUCAAUUAUACAGUAAUUGGAGGACGUGAGAUAAGAAUUGUUUUUGCUGAAGAGAACAGGAAAACUCCGCAGGACAUGCGCAGAAUGACGCGCCCAACUGGUCGAGGAAGCCACAGGAGGCGAAGUCCUUCAAGGUCUCCAAGACGCCGAUAUCACUCUUACUCGCGCUCACCUUCUGAAGAAAGGCAUGACUCAAGGGACCGCAGAGCAAGGGAUGACAACUACUCUCCACACCGAUCUAGAUCUAUUUCCAGAUCGGUCUCUCCACGCAGUGAGAGAAACCAAAGGUCUUCAAGGCGAUCUAAAUCCAUGUCUAGAUCCCCUCCUCCAAAUGAUGAUAGAAAGCACCAGUUGAGCAAGUCCCCAAGUCCGAGUGAAAAUGGCCGGAGUGCUCAUGAUGAGGAGUAUGCACGCCGCAGAUCAGAGAGUCCUAAAGUGACUGCUCGCCCCUCCAGAUCUCAUUCUCGAUCUUACAGUCCGCAUUGAUGGAUGAUAAACAUGCUGCUGUUGUCAUGUGGUGCCGUUCUUCCUGUUCUAAUUGUAGAGUGUACUCUGCUAUAAGUUAAACUAGACUGGGACUAUAUUCUGGUAUCACUGAAUGUGAAGUUUGCUAUGUGGGACUUACUAUCGUUGAUACUGCUGUCAUUUUGCUUUUGUUGGAUCUCAUGGCUUCAAAUUUCACUGGUAUGGAAGUAUUAACUUGUAAGGCGUUUGCACUGAAGCUCAUUUUCCUGUUUAUUUGGUUGGAUUUCGUCUUGGUAAAAUUGCUUAAUUCUGUUCUAGAUAUGGUAGGUUUGAGUACGUGGGGUUGAGAUUGAUUAUAUCUACUGAAUUAUUGUUUCCAACAAGUGCAAGGAGCCAACUACUCAAUUUUUUUUUUUUUUUUUAUUUCUAUAGAAUUUUGGAGAACUGCAAUUAGAAGCGCCCGUGACAUGUAGUAUGUAAAUAUCAAAGCAUGUUUCCGAC